AUGUCGAAUCCAUCAUCUUUAAUUCAAUCAACAAAAUUGAUCACAACACCAAAUAUGAAUUUGACUCGUAUUCAACAAAAUCAACAAAUUAGGAAUAAUUCACCACCACCAUUACCUCCUCCACCGAAACAUUUAAUAUAUAUGCUUGGAGGUGAUUCAUCAAUCUAUUCAACACCGCAUGGAUCACCACAACAGGCAAAUACACGUAAACAUAUGAUCUUAAAUAGCCCUAACAACAAUACUUCCAAUAAUAAUAAUAUUUCAGUAGACUAUUCACCAGAUUUAUUACAUGUAAGUAAUAUUUCAAAACAUGAAAGUUCAACAACUGGAAGUUUUCGACAAACUGAUUCAGGUGUUACAAAUAUGGGUGGUUCAUUAAUUGAUAGUGAACAAUAUGAACCAAAUACAAUCGUAACAUAA